CCAUCUACUGAAUGCUUUUUAAAGGAAAAAACAUGAAGUCAAAUAAUAGAUUUUCACUUAAUUCAAUUUUUUGUUUUGUUUUAAUUUUCAAUUAAUAGAACAGAUUUAGAUUUAUAGAAGAACUAAACAGGAAGUAAAGAAUUCCCAGAUAAUCACUCUCCCACACCUGCUCAGUUUCCCCAGUAACACCUUUCAUUGGUGUGUUUCAUUUGUUACAACUGGUGAACAAAUAUUGAUAUAUUAUUGUUAACUAAAGUUCGUAGUUUACAUUAGGAUCGUUUUGCAUAUGUUUUACAGUUCUAUAGGUUUGCCAAAUACCUGGUCAUGUAUCCUUCAUUACAGUAUCAUCAUAAUAUAUCACUUCCCUAAAAAUCCCUGUACUCCAUGAAAAAUCCCUGAAGUCUGAGUACUUGAUACUAGGAAAUAAAAAAGAAGAGCCUUAAAAUCACAGGACCAGAGGUAGCAGUCUUGGCAAGGUACCAUUUCUGAAGAAGACAAGGGUGACUUAGAAGGAAUAUUACUUAGAAUCUUGUUAAUAAAUGGAAGAAAUUAAGGGUCCUGUAGAAACAAAAGAGAAUCACAAAACUGAAAGCACAUCAACCCUUCGUUCCAUUCUACCAUUCAAAAUGCACUACUAAUUAAAGAAAAUAUACUAUACUAGUAUAAGGAUUCUUUUCAUCCAGAUUCUCUCUGUAUACAGCAGUUUUUUAUGUAUAGUAAUUGCUGGUUUGGGAAUAUAAAGUAAUUCAAAAUGAAUAGAAUGUAGGACAUUAGAAAUUCUAUCUAAAAACAAAACAAGUAGAAAAACAGAAGAAUGAUACAUCAUAACACUUCAAAGUGAAUUGUGUAUUCUUAAAAGAAGCAUUGACAGAUAUGAUAAAACACCUGAUAAAAAAUCUGAACAUUCAAAAAGAAAUAGAUAAAAAGGAAGAUGGGAACUGAAACUUAACUUAGCAAUACAAUUUUAGAAAAAGAAAUCCUCUUAAAAAUAAAGGCUUAAUUUCAAAGGAGAACAGAUUUGACUAAGAAUAUAAGAGUCUUUGGAGAAAGCUAUGAAAAUGGCAAAGAGAAUGAAAAUGAGAUAAAAUUGUAGAAAAGGUAAAGAAAAAAAGUUGUUGGUAAAACAAUGAUCGAACAACAAAAAAUCCAAUACAGGUAUAAUUGGAGCUCCAAAGAAUAAAACAAAAUAGUGGAACAUAUUGAAACUAUAAUUUGAGAAAACUUUCCAGAAAUAUAUUUGAAACUAUAUAGGUCACUAUGUACCUGGGAUAAUUGACACAGAAGCAAACCUUGAGACAUCCUGGUAAAACUAUGAUAAUUUUAAGAAAGGGAAAACCCAGUGGACCUCAAGACAAAAAUACUAAGUCACAAAGAUAAAAAUCAGAUGAAUCAAAAUUCUCAACAAGAACAUUUAAAGAAAGACAACCCCAGAGCAACAUUUUCAAAGAAGUUAAAGAAUAAGUGAAACUUUUGUGUCAAGUUGUAUUUCAUGUAUGACAGUGGUCAAAACAUAAUUAAACAUGCAAAACCUAAAGAAAUACUGUAUUUAAAGCACUACUGGAAUAAUCUACUGGAGCUGUAGUCAGCAAACAUUUUCUGUAAAGGACAUAGAGAGUAAAUAUUGUAGAUUUUGCAGGCAAUAUGGUCUCUAUGACAGUUUUCCAUAUCUGCCAUUAUAACAAAAAUAUCCAUAGGCAGCAUAUUAAUGAAUUAGUGUGGGUGUGUUUCAGUAAAACUUUAUCUACAAAAGAUGAUGGGCCACAUAUGUUCCCCUACUUGCCCACCCUCAUACGCAAUGGAACAUUUCAUGCAAUUAAUAAAUGGCAAAAGGAGUAAUUGUGAGCAUUGGCCAUAUUUUAUCUAAGGCUAAAGCAGAGUGAAGGUUGAGAAGAGUGGGAAAUGAAGUAGGAAAAAUUCAUUGAGUGUCACAUAGGUAUUAUGUAGGAAUCAAAGGUAUCGUUUGAAACCUGAAUACCAAACAACCUAACUAAGGAAAAGGGGAACUAAUGACAUCAUAAGAAGUAGUAGGUAAAACUAGUAAUCAAUAAAAAGACAAACUAUCUUAAAUACUGAAAAAUUUUACAAAGCAAAAAAAAUGGACCACAUGAAGAAAGAAAAAUAAAAAAUUCUGUAAGCUGACACUAAUAUCUGAGUCAUUGUAGGACAUGUAAAAACACUGAACUCACCUAUUAAACAGAUGGCCAGAAUGGUUCAUGAAGCAAGACUCGGGUUUGAGCUGUAUAUAUUCAGAAGAAAAUAAAAUAAUUUUAAAAGACUAAAAGGAGUGAGAAAAGGUAUGGACAGCAAACGAAAACAAUAAAGAAAGCCAAGAUCAAUUCUAAUGUGAGCUAGGGUAAAAAUUAGGGAGGAAAAGGGCUACUUCAUAGUGUUAAAGACCAUAAAUCAUAAUGUAGAUGUAACAUCUGCUAGUAUCUGUGUAUCAGAUAACAUUAGCAACCAUUUUUCUAGACAGAAACUACAGAGAAUUUAGAAGGACAAAUACACAGAAUUAGCACAUCAUUUUUAGUCCAAGAUAAGUGAAGUGAAUCUAAAAUAAGUAAGGAUAUAAAAGACCUGAAAGCACAGCCAGGGAUAUUUUAUGAAUAUAUAUUGAACUCGAUUCUCAAAUAACAUGAAAUGUAAUUUCUUCCCAAGUAUACAUAGAAUAUUCACAAAAAAAUUUUGUGUAUUAAGUCAAAAACUAAGUUCCAUAAAGUAGAAAUAAUACCAAAAAAAUUUUAUUAUAAUGCAAUAAAGAUGGACAUGAAUAACAAAACAUUUAAAAAAUCUUAUUUACCUGCAAUGUAAAUGCUCUUUUAAACAACUUUAGAGGUAAAGUGAAGAAAGUAAAGUUUCAGAAUUUCUAAAGACUCAACAGCCUUAUGUGUUUACAGCCAUAAAUUAAAGAAAAAAUAAGUUACAUUUUCAUCAAAAGAAAGCUAGGAAAAAUCACAAAUAAGAAUAAAGAACAAGGAAGGAAAUAAUAAAGAUUAAAGCAAAAAAUUAAUGAGGUUGAAGACAAAAACAAUAGUACUAAAAAGUAAGUUAAAAAAAAAAUUGGUUCUUUGAAAAAGUCAACGAAGUAGACAGAUCACUGGUUAACCUAAUUGGUAGGGGUAGGAAUGGGAGGAAGAGAAGGGGAUAACAGAGAAAGUAUUAAAAUGUAAGACAUGGCAGGGGGAGAAUAACUAUUGAAACAGAUAAUUUUAAAAAUGCUAAGAUUUUAUUUUGCACAACUUAGGUGAAAUGGGUUGUUUCCUUAGAAAAUCCGGUUUGUUAAAUUGUCCCAGAAGAAGUAGAAAAGUUUCACCAUCAUUUUUUUCUAAAGAAAUAUGAAAAGGCAUCAAGAAAGCUCAGUAAAAGCACUAAGCUCAGAAGAUUUCAAAGGAAUAUUCUACCAAAACUUUUAAGAUCAGGUCAUCUCAAUGCUUUAUAAAUUUUUCCAGAACAUGGAAGAAGACAGUUUUCAAAUUAUUUUUGAGUAUGGUAUUAAUCUAGAUAAAAAUUAUGUGAAGAUCAUACCAAAGGUACAUACAUACAACUACAGAACAAUUUCACGUAUAUCAGUAUACAAAAGCAUCAAACAGAAUCUUAUGCUACAUUAAGAAAAUGAUAUAUGACAGUCAUGGCAUUUAUUCCAGUAAUGCAAAAGUGGUUCAAUUUUAGGAAAUCAUUUGAUAUUAUUUACUUGUUAAUCUAAAGAGGAACAAAAAAUGAAUAUUCCGGAAAACAGGAAUUGAUGUUUUUUUUUUAAUGUAAAACACAUAUAUCCUAGGUUUAAAUCCAGCAUAAUACUUAAUGUGGAAACACCAGCAGCAUUCUAACUAAAAUUGGAACGAAACAUUAUCCUCCUCUUUCCCUGCUAUUUAACACUGUAUUGAAGUUUUGGGCUUGUGCAAUUUAACAGUAGAAAACUCUUUACUUUGUGUUUGUGUAUGGAAAUGGAGUCUCACUAUGUUGCUCAGGCUGGACCAACACCUGGGCUCAAGCAGUUUUCCUGCCUGAGUCUCCUGAGUAGCUAGGGCUGCAUGUAUUCACCACUUCCUCUGUGUUAUAUUUACGUUUUUGAGGAACAGCUGAUCUGUUUUCCAAAGUAGCUAUAGCAUUUUGCAUUGCCAAAUGCAAUAAAUCCAGUUUUUUCACAUCCUCCACAACUCUUGUUAUUAUCUACAUUCAUUUUUUAUUAUAGUAAUCUUACUGGUUAUGAAAUAGUAUCUCAGUGUUUUGAUUUUCAUUUUCCUAGUGACUAAUCAUGCUAAACAUCUUGUCAUAUACUUAUAAGCCAUUAGUAACAUCAUCUUUGUAGACAUGUCUAUUCAGAUCAUUUACCUAUUUUUACAAUUUAGCAUGUCUUUGUUGAAUUGUGAGAGUUCUUCAUAUAUGGUGAAUAUUGGACCCUACUAAGACAUAUGGUUUAGAAAUAUUUUUUUCACAUUGUGUGGACUGUCUUUGUUGCCUGAUAGUGUUCUUUGAAGCUUAAAAUUUUUAAUUUUCAUGAAGUUCUGUGUAUCCAUUUUGUUCUUGUUUGUGCUUUUAGUGUCAUAUCUAAGAAAUCAUAGCCUAUCCAAGGUCAUAAGAUUUACACAUGUCUUCUAAGAGUUUUAUAAUUUUGUCUCCUAUAUUUAGAUCUUUGAUCCACUUUGAGUUAAUAUACUCCUAUAUUUAUAUCAAAGAUCCACUGUGAGUUUUUAUAUAUAGUGUGGGGUAGAGGUUCAGCUUCAUAUUUUGCAUUGAUAUAUCCAGUCACCCCAGUAUAAUUUGUUGAAAAUAUUAUUCUUUCUCCCAUUGAGUUGCUUUGGUACUCAUCAAAAAUAAACUGUGGACUGAAUUCUUUUCCAUUGUUCUACAUGUCUAUCCAGUAACACCUAGUCUUGACUAUUGUGUUUACAGUAAGCUUUGAAAUUAGGAAGUGCCAAUCCUCCGAUUUUGUUCUCUUUCAAGAUUAUUUUGGCUAUUCAAGGUCCCUUGCAUUUUCAUGUGAAUUUUAGGAUCAGCUUGCCAGUUUCUAUAAAACUGCCAUCUGGAAUUUAGAUGGGGAUUGUGUUGAACCUGUUGAUCCAAUUUGGGGAGUAUUACCAUCUUAACAAUAUUAAGUUUUUCAGUUUGUGAACAGAGGACAUGUUCCUAUUAAGUCUUCAUUAUGUUUGUGGUUUUCAGUGUACAACUCUUCUACUUUUCCAAGUUUAUUUUUUAUAAAUAUUUCAUUCUUUGUGAUGCCAUUGUAAAUGUGAUUUUUUAAAUUGCAUUUUGGAAUUGUUUCGUUCUAUUGGUUAGAAAUAAAAUUCAUUUUUGUAUAUUUAUUAUCUUGUAACCUUGUGAACUUGAUUAUUAGCUCUUAAUAUUUGUAUAUAGAUUCCUUAGAAUUAUGUAUAUAAGAUUAUAUGCAAAUAUACAAGAUUAUACAGUGGUAAUCUAAAUUAAAUUUACAUAUCACAAAAUUAUGUGAUUUAUAUAAAAAGAGAGUUUUGCUUCUUCCUUGCCAAUCCGGAUGUGUUUUAUUUAUUUUUCUUGCUUUAUUGUUUUGGCUAGAACACUUCAGUAUAGUGUUGAAUAGAAGUAACAAGAGCAUGUAUCCUUGUUUUGUUCUUGACAAAGCAUUCUGGGGGAAAGCUUUUAGCCUUUCACCAUUAAGUAUGAUGUUUCCUGUGGAUUUUUUACAGAUAUCUUUUAUAAGAUUAAGGACAUUUUCUUCUCUUCCUAGCCUGUUCACUGUUUUUGCCAUGAAAGAAAAUUUUAUUUUGUCAGGGAUUUUUUCCUACAUAUAUGGAGAUUACAUAGCUUUUGUUCUGUAUCCUGUUUGUUAACAUGCUGAAUUACUUGGAUUGAUUGGUUUUUUUGUUGUUAUUGUUUUGUUUUGUUUUGUUUUGAGACAGGGUCUUGCUUUGUCACCCAGGCUGGGGUGCAGUGGUGCAGUCAUGGUUCAUUGCAGCCUUGCCCAACUGGGCUCAAGUGAUCCUCCCACCUCAGCUUCCCAAGUAGCUAGGACAACAGGCGCCAGCCAUCACGAAUGCCUAGCUAAAGAUCUUCCUCAGAACUGUGAUCCUAACAUUCCCCUAGUUGCUCAGGAAUUAAUGAAAAAGAUGAUACGUCAAUUUGCGAUUGAGUACAUUUCAAAAAGUGGUAAAACUCAAGAGAAUAGAAAUGGUUCAAUUGGACCAAGUGUAGUAUGUAAAAGUAUCCAAAUGAAUCAAGCAGAAAACUCCCUUCAGGAAGAGCAGGAAGGCCCCUUAGACCUCACUGUGAAUCGAAUGCAAGAACAAAAUACUCAGCAAGGGGAUGGAGUGUUAGAUCUCUCUACAAAGAAAACCAGCAUAAAAUCUGAAGAGUCAUCCAUAUGUGAUCCUUCUUCUGAAAAUUCAGUGGCUGGUUCAACUGUUGAUGCAAAAUCAGAGGAAGCUACUAAAAUGGAAAAAAGAAAAUCAGCAUUAAGCAAAGUUUUGGAAUCUUUGUGCAUACAUCACCAGCAACAAGUUUUGGCUAUGUUGAAAUUUCUAGUCCAAGAGCAGAACGCUGCCUCUCUUUGCUGUUGUAAUACAUCAUGUGUUGUGUCUUCAGAAUCUCAAAAGCCCUUAAUCGAAGAUGAUUUAUAUGGUCUAUUCUGUAGUUGUGAAUAUAGGCUGGCAGAAAGAGGGUGUUUACAAAAUGAAAAACAAAGCCCUGGCUUAGAGCCUCUGCCAGUCUGUAUUAAAGAUUUACAUUGUUUAUCUUGCCAAACUGUAACUGUUGAACACAUUAAGACAGUAGUGAAUAGAGGAAUUGCAGACAGUUAUAAUUCUCUCAGGUGCUGUUCUGGACUGUUACCAAACAAUCACUCUGCAAAAUCAGCUUUUCGUAGUCCUCCUUUGUCAAAGGAAGUAUGUGAUCUUUCAGUCACUCUUAAAGAUGCCUGUAGAUCUCGAAGUCCCUCACCCCCACCAUUAUCGCCUGUAGAAACUGAAGGAUUUGAAAAAUUGAAAGAUGCCAUCUCGGAGAUUUCAUCCUUAGAAAGUAACAAACUUGAAGCAAACGUUAACCAGCCUCCAUCUCUCACACCAGCAGAAAUAAGCAACACUAAGGGUGAUCAUGAAGAUAAAAUACUUAAAACCAAAAAAUCCAGUAACUCUUAUUCUUUACUCUCAAACGACAGCAAUAAUUCUACUAUAAAUCAUGAAAAAGGUGAAACUGCUGUAAUUUUUCAAGAUUUAAUGGAUCGCAUUAAUGAAAAACUAAAAUCAAUAGAAACCACGGAUAUGACAAGCCUUGUGAAAUUAUCUAGCAGUGAUUGUAAUACAUAUAAUGAUUUAAAAUUGGGAGAUUUCAUAACGUCUCUCUUGCAUAAUGCAAAAGCUAGUGAUUACAGUUUUAUGGAAUUAUUGAGUCAACAUGAUAAAAAGGUAGAAAAUAAAAUUAUUCAGACAAGAUUUCGAAAGCGUCAAGAAACUUUAUUUGCAAUGCGCAACUCCUCUGAUUCACCCAUGUUUAGAAGGCAGUCUUUACAGAUAAAAAGAGAACUUGCUAGUCUUGAUGAAAAUUUUACAAGAAGAAAAUACACUGAAAAAAGUUCAAGGAAAUUGAUGCACAGUGAUGAGACAUCUGCAUCAGACAAAGGAGAAUUCUGUCAUGACCAAGGGCCAUCUUUACAAAAUUCUAAAAACCUUCAAGAUAAAAAUCAUGCUGAAACAUCACUUUCACCAAAUGAUGCAUUACAAUCACUGCAACUACCUCUUCAUAGUUUAGAAACUAACUUGUCUUUUAAUGCAUUUUCAGAAAGCUUUAAAACAACUUCCACUGAGAAAAUGAGCAUAAGAAAGCCACUGGAGAAAUCUGCAGAUGGAAAAAUUUUUUUUCAAAACCAUAGGCAAAAUCCAAAAUUAGGAAAUACUCAUGCUCUUUUGAGAAAUGAUGUUUCUGGACUUUUGAGCAGAACUAAACGAAAUAUUGUGCUGCCAGGGUGGUAUUCUAUAUAUGUAACAAAUAAUUAUGUUUUUAAAAAAUCCCCUAAAGCCAAAAAGGUAUCCAAAUCCACAACAAAAAAAGACCCAGUGAAAAAUAUUCACAUUGAAAGCUCACACAAUAUAGACCUAAACAAAAUUGCAAUGAAUUCUAAUUUACAAGUUGUUGUGGAGCGUUUGGAAGAUACAAUAAAUAUAGCCCAAAAAUCUUGGAAUAAUCAGCCGUUAUCGGAAGGAUAUAAAGCAUCCAGGAAAUUGAUAGAAAUUGAUGGUAAAGACCAAAAUGCUGACAGAAAUAUGACUCUUAAUCUGAAUAGAGUGACAUGUAAAGAACAGAGCUUAUCAAAAUCUGUGGUAGCAUCUAGCAAUAUUAUCAAUAGUCACUGUAUGCCUACAAUCGAUUUGAGUAACAAAAGACUUGAAAAUCUGAAAAAAACAUCUAUUUUAGAUAUGGGUAGCUUGAUUUCCAGUGUUGAAAAUGUACAAGCAAAAUAUGAAGGUGUUGAAAGUUCAUCUUUUUCCAACUAUUCUAGUCCUAUCAAACUCAUGUUUUUAUCUGAGGUUAAAAGUAGUGAAGGUGUCAAAUAUACUUUAACUUCAGUUGGUACUUCCCAAUCAAAUGUUCUUCUUCCUUCUGAAAAACAUACAACCCAUCAUGUAAUUGAAGGAAAAACAGAAACAAAUGAGGCUAUCUCAAAUGCGAACUCUGAAAAUUAUCACUCUAAUCAUUAUGAUACUGAUAAUCUUCAAAGAGAAGUAAACAAAUUCAAUCAUGCAAAAGUUGUAGGAUCCUCUGCAAUGUUUAUUGGUGAUAUAAAUAGUGAUAAGCCACAAGAAGAACCGAAGGACAAUUCAAGCAGUGCUGUUGAUUCAUCUUUUAAAAGAAAACCAGGCAGACCAAAAAAAAUAGGACCCCAAGUUGUGAAACAGAUUAAGCGACCAAUUGGAAGACCACCAAAGCCUAAAAUUGAUCAAACAGACAUCACUAGUUGCCAAAAUGAGUCCUUUAGUGCUGGAAGGAAAAGCCCAGAAUCUCUCAUAUCAGAAGUAAAAGAAGGUAUUUAUAAAAAUAGUAUUACAGUAACUGUUAUUUAUGGAAGAUCAAGAAGAACUAAAAGGCAUGUUUCUGAAGGAAGUGUAAACGUAAGCAACAUUAUGUCUUUAAACAAUAAUGCUGGUGAUUUUUCAACUGAGCAUAAUAGUCUCAGAAAUAUUAGUGAACACAAAAUUGACUUGGGUGAAAGAAUAAGUGCUGUAGCAAGCAUGACUACUGAAAGUGAGAUCUUGGGGUCUGGCUUUGAAUAUGUGAGACCCAUCAAGAACAAAUCUGUGAUACCUCAGCCUUCCAAGAACAUUAUUCGAUCAAAUCAGAAACCUUUGGCAGUAAGUAGGAAGCCUGGUAGACCAGCAAAAGUGAAAAUCUCUGGCAUAUCUGUGACUAUUAGUAGAACUUCACCUCAGGAAAGAGAAGUAAGUAUUAGCAGCUGCUUGCCUCCUUUGGAACAGGAUAGUAUGUUAGGAAAAAAUCUGCCUGAUGAAAAGUGUGACCAACAGUGCACUAAAAUGGACAAAAUAAGACACACUGAAGCUGAUAUAUUUAGUAAUGGAUCAAAACGUAUGAUUGCUACUGUACCUUUGAGACAUUCUAUUAGGGAUAGAAAACCAUCUCUGCAUUUCUUACAUUCAUUAGCAUCUUCUAGCUCACUUAUUUAUAGAAGUGCUCUGCUCCAUAAAUCAUAUAAACUGCAUUUGCAGAAAAAUAAAAUUCAGAAGGAAAAACAUAGGCAGUCAAGGAUGAAAAUAGCUUACAAAGAUACCUCAAAAAACAGACAUUCGAGGAAUGCAAAAAAGUGUUUAGAAGAUAACAAACUAGUACCCAUUUCUGAAGUAUCCCUGGACCCUAUAAUUUCAUCAAACCCUUUGCUCAGGUGGUGGGCUACUUCUGCUUCAAAUGAUUCCUUAUUGGAGGAGUUAAACAAUAGGUUUGAGCAAAUAACAAAUGCUUGGGUACAAGUGAGUGGAGAUGAAGCUGAAAAUUGUGUUCAUAAAAAAAGAGAACACAUUGAAAAUGAUCAUUUCAAAGUAGAAAGCCCUUUGGAAACUUGUCUUUUACAACUUGAAGUUUCACCUGUAAAAAUGCUGUUUCAGAAAAAGUAUGAUUUGAAUGAACUCUGUACUUGGUUUAUGCAAACAACAGAAACACAGUCUCUUUCACUAGUUAGAAAAGCAAAUGCCCGAAACCCUUUGGAAGUAAUAAAUACCAGGGGUAUCAAAUUAGGGACCAAAUAUUCUGACUUUAAUGCCAGCCCCUUCAGAAAGCACUUUAAAAAAUUUGCGCUCUCUUCUCCUUCAAAAUCAGCAGAGAAGUUACAUAUACUGCAUAAAGUGGCUAACUCUCCACUCUUAAAUGUGAAAAGUAAUUUAGCAAUAGCUAGAUUAAAAAGGACUGAGUUUAAGAGGUUGCAUCAUGAAAGAUGGAAAAGAGAGGGAAAGCUGCACAACCAUGGAACGGUUGACUGGAACUCUAAAAGGAGAAACUUAAGAUUUUUCUGCCAGAACCAAUUUUCAAAUAAGACUGAGGGAGAAACAAAUGCUGACAUCCCACUCCAAGGAAAAAGCAUAGUAGAUAACCAGUGUGUUUUGCCACCUGAGAUCAGGGGUGACUUGCAGCAAAGGGUGACAAUGCCUGACUUCAAAAUACAUACUAGUUUCGAGAAUAAAUUUAAGUCAGAAGCAAAAGAGAAUGGAACAGAUUGCAGCCAAAAAGACUUUCAAAAGGGACCAAAACUAGAAAAUGUAUGUCCUAAUAAUUGGAGGUCAAAAACCUUAAAAGACUGUAGAAUAUUUUUGAGGAAGCUCAACUGUCUUGAACACAGAAAUACUUUUAAGCUAAAUACAAUCAUUUACUCUCCUGAAUCUACUGACAGUGGAAAUAAUCAUCAGACUCAUACGAAAGAAUCAAAGUGCUUUACUUUAAGAUCUCAUUCUGCUAGGCAAAAUUCUUUUAAAAAGCAAUCUAAAGAAAUAGAAAAUGCUAAAGCAAAUAGUCCUUCAACCAAUGAAUUUGUUGGUCAUCUUGACAAUAGUAAAUUAAGCAAAUGUGUUAACUUUGACAAGAAUCCUGAUAGUUCUGAAGUUCUUAGCAAUUUGAACAAAAGAAAAAGACCACCAUGGAAGACCACAGAAAUGUCAACAAAAAGACAUAAACGACAGUCUUACAACAAUGGACAAAUGGCAAACUAUUUUUCAAAAUCCCUAGCCUCCAGACCUGCUUUCUCUAUCUGAGCAUGCUACAAAUGAAAACUGAUGAGAAACUGAAUGUGUCUGAUGGGAAUACAGCAAGUUGCCCUUUGGGCCCCAUUAAGAUGUGCCUUAAUCGUCCCAUUGAAUGGAAUCUGAAUUUGACAACAG